UCAGUGACAGGGCAGGACACAGAGGUAGACUUUCAUUUCUAGCCUGCACACACACACAGUGAAACAGUAGACAUCCCCCCAUGCAUUUUUAAAAGCUCAGCAGGUGAUGGGAACAGUUAGGUCGGGACUGCUUGUUCGCAGAUGAGCUCGGGCAAGUGCUCAGCAGCUGCAUUUACACGGAAAGGGGAUAAUACCCUGCUAUACUUCAUUCAUUAGAAAAGGGUGACUUUCUGCAGUGACUCAUAUUAUCUACCACUAUAUUCCCAUCACCUUUGCACUGCAUGUGAAAGAACAACCCCCCUGCUUGAGAGCCUUGUUGGUGGACACAAAAACAUGCCCGGAGCCGGCAGCGCCAACGAGGAGGGUUCCUGUAAGGCCUUGUGUCGAAACUUGGUGUCCCAGAAUGGCUUGCAGAGAGAGGCGGCUGAUAUCUCGCAGUCUGUCCUCUAUACAUCCCUGAUGGGGCUUCUGCUGGUCGCUGACAAUGAGAAGGAGCUCAUUGCAUUAGGAAGUGGAAGGGCUGGUCUUAAAAAUAUUGGAAACACCUGUUUCUUAAAUGCAAUAGUCCAGUGUUUGUCUCACACUCGUGGCCUGCGAGACUACUGUCUCCUGAAGUCCUACAGACAUGACAAAUUUUCCAAGGAAGAGCCAAGACUUACAGAAGCUUUCUCUCAGGUGUUGUCUGGACUUUGGGAUAAAAAAGAAGAGGACACGGUUGUAAAUCCACGACAAUUUUACAAUAUUUUUAAAGAUGCUGUGCCUUACUUCAGCGGUUACAGUCAACAGGAUGCCCAGGAGUUUCUCAGGUUCCUUUUGGAAAAACUACACACUGAAAUCAACCGCAAGCCCUACAUUAGACGGCCAUUGAAGGACCCAGAGCAAAAAUAUGCCAGAUUUAGGAUUUCUGAGGAGGCAGCUGUCACAUGGAAAAAGUACUUGGAUCAUGAUGACAGCAAGAUAGUCGAUCUGUUCUCGGGCCAGUUGCGCAGCUCGCUACACUGCUCCAUUUGCUCCCACUACUCCAACACAUUUGAUGUGUUCUGCGACCUGUCACUGCCCAUUCCCAAACGAUGCACUGCUGGAGAGGUGACGUUGAAGGAGUGCUUGGACCUCUUUUCUCAGGAGGAGAGAUUGGACAAGGAGAAUUCACCAAUGUGUGAGAGGUGUAACAGGCAUACAGAAAGUACCAAGAAGUUGUCCAUCCAGAGGUUUCCCCAUGUUAUUGUAAUACAUCUGAACCGCUUCACUACGUCACGGUGGUCGAUCAGUAAAAGUACCGCCUAUGUGUCUUUUCCACUCACCAGUCUUGACCUCGGGCCUUACGGACCUGUUGAUUGUGGACCAAUAUUGUAUGAUUUAUAUGCAAUAUGUAACCACGUUGGAACUGUCAACAUGGGUCACUACACAGCCUGUUGUUCUGAUGACAAUGGAUGGUGUUACUUCAAUGACUCCAGUGCGACACCAGUUUCUGAGACACAACUUCAGACCAAUCAAGCCUACAUAUUAUUCUACCAGCGCACCAUUACUACAAGGAAAUAGAGCCCUGCCAGCUGAUCAGAGACACUUUUUCAUUCAGUGACAACAGAAGCAGGAAAGCCAUGAUCGCAUUUAUGAACUUCUCAACCCUGAGGAAAUGUGUGCUCCAAAAGGCAGAAUAAGGAAAUCAGGACCAUAGCAUGGUGAAUUGGGAAGAGGUGAUUUUUUUCAAGGACAAAAAUCUGAGGAGAGUGUGAUGAGACAGCUGACAUGCCUUAAUACCCAAAAUGUCAGGCUUGACCAUGAAAAUUCAAGCAAAGAUCUUAGGAAUGACAAGAUUUCUACUUAAUCUACCCAACCACUAUAGCUCAAGAUCUCAAAGACAUGGAACUAUCUAACAAUUGUUACAUAACAUUUGUUUAUAUUGUUUCCAAUUUUUGUGCCACCAUUUUGUGGAUAUUUGUGUAAAUAGACAAAAGA